AGAGAUGAGAAAGUGAGCAAGAACACCUCCAGUGCACAACCUGCGAGCUACCUACCUCUCCCACAAAGAGUGCAUCAUACACUGAGAUGGAGCUCAUCAUAUCAUCUAUCACAGGUGAUCUAACCAGUCGAUUUAUCUCCUUUCUGAUCAACAAGUUUUUAUAUAAUCUGUUCUCCGAGGAAAAGGUGAAAAGGCUAGAGCAACUCCUUCGAAGAGUUCACAUGGUCGUCGAGGAGGCAGAUGGGCGAUACAUCACCAACCGUUGUAUGCUCGCACAACUGAAGACGAUAGUCGCAGCCAUGUACAGUGGCUACCAUGUGCUGGAUGCUAUCAAGUACAUGAAGAACAACGAAGGUGCGAAUGAUCUGGUAAAUGACUCAUCUUCCUUGUUUUUUUGCCACUCCUCUCAAAAGAUCUCGCACUACUACUGUUUGUCCGGAAACAAAGAAGAAAUUCAGUAUGGAGCUACAAGGUGCACUGCAAAACAUAGAGACUGUAAUUGGUGAUAUCAAUGAGUUUGUAAUCCUUCUGGCUAGAUGUGAGCGCAUGUCCCAUAGGCCCUAUGAUGCCUAUCUUUACAUCGACAAUUUCAUGUUUGGUCGACAUGUGGAAAAGCACCAUCUGAUCAACUUCUUACUGGAAAACAACAUUCUUGGUCCUCCAGCUGUAAUACCGGUUAUCGGUGGUCAUAAAGUAGGGAAGAGGACACUUGUAACGCAUGUAUGCAACGAUGAGAGAAUUCGCUCUCAUUUCCCUCUUAUUUUUCACAUCAGUGGAGCGAACCUUUCAAGAAUUACAGAAAAUGGAAAUCUAUCUGCAAGGACAUUGAUAAUUGUGGAGUUCAUUUCAGAUGUAGAUGACAAUGACUGGAUAACGUUUUAUUCAUCUAUGGCAAACCUUAACAGAGGAAACAAAGUGAUAAUCUUAACUAAAAUACAAAAAUUGGAGAGGUUCGGAACUGUCAAGCCCAUUACCGUAGAUAGACUGGUGUAUGAGGAGUACAGAUACCUAUUCAAGACACUAGCUUUUGGAAGCGCGAACCCGAUGGACCAUCCACAACUUGUCCCAAUAGUUGAAGAAUUUGCAAUGCUAUUGCGAGGCAGGCUCAUCCAAGCCAACAUACUUGCAGAUGUAUUGAGAAAGAAUUUGAAUGUUCAUUUCUGGCUUUUUGCAUUGAAAGGGGUCCAAAUUACAGUCAAGAAGUAUUUGUCCAUGUAUGGUACCCAUCCGCAUGAGCUUUUUGAUCAAGGCCAUCCAGUACAUUUGACAGACUAUGUAUUAUAUCCUGCAGAUACUACAGAAAAUGCCCCAAACAAUGAUUUACCUAAGUUGACAUUUGGCGACUUGAUAACAGGCCGCAUUUUUCCACCAAAGGGCAAUUUUAAUCUAGUUUCAUGGGAGUCCAGAAUACCACCAUACACUUCAUUUGUUCACAUGGCUCGCUUUUCUCCAAGUCUUGCGGAAGAUAAACCGGAAUCACACCUGUCAGGGAGGAAACGUCCAAGGGAAGAUUGGUCCAAGGUGCAACCACAAAACCCAUUUGCAUAUUUUUCUCAAAAUCAAGCUACUGGCUCAAGGAAGACUAAAUAAUCAAGAAAUCCAUCACGAUGGAAAAAUUUCAAGUUUAGUUGGAUCUUAGCAUGGUACUCAGUACUCACGGGUCAUCACUAAUGCCCUCGCCUUCCUGGGCUGAUAAAAAAAGGCAGCCGCCCCACUGCACAACACUCUGUCGUGAUGAACAGCAAGUCCUUAGCUAGGACGAAACGAACUACAGCAAAAUGGAUUAUAAAAACGUCUAUUAUCUGAAGAAAGACGCGUUUUCUACUCUUCUCAAUUUUCAGAACCACCUCAUCAUGAACAAAGACGUCUUUUGAGACGUUGUGAAUAACGUGCUGUGUACAUUUACACAUAUUUUCUUUCUUUCUUUAAAUUUUGUUUGGAAAGAAAAUCCUGAAAAA